CGCUUUCCUGUACUCGAACUGCUUGCGACUUGGUAGCUACACUCUUCUCUUCACAACACAUUCUGCGUAGUCAACACUUUCUCAAGACUCGCUUGCGUUUCAUACAAACCUGCCCUUUGUCUUAUCUUGUCAGUUCUAUAGCACUCUAAGCUCCUAGCCUGGAAUAUUUGACCGAAGAGCAGUGUCGACUGCGCUGGCGAGCUGACCCAGUUUUCUCUCUGGCGCUUGGAGCAGAUGGCAAUGCCCAUGCCAUCCAAUUCACUAGUUCUAGAGGACUUGACACAGGGGUUAAAUGAAUGGCGAAACAUUCAGGACAUCGUGCGCCUCACGUUUAAAGCCUUUCAUGACGUGCUCAGAGCACAAGGAGAUGCCAUAAAGGCCAUAGAACGGGCUGUGGACACCAAGGCCAGCCGGGCGGAGGUGACGACGGGGCUACAGCAGAAGGCCAACGUGGCGGACAUGGCUGCGCGCAUACGGGAGCUUGAGACGCUGCUGGCCACCAAGGCCGACAUCAGCGACAUGGAGCGCCGCGCGCUCAAGACCGAGGUGGACGCCAGCCUGCGCACCCAGAUGAGCGACGUGUACACACUGCUGCGCCAGAAGACAGAGGACGCCGAGUUCAAGGCGUUCAAGGAGCACGCGGACCGGCAGCUGUCGUCGCUGCGCGCGGACGUGUCGCGGCUGGGCAGCGGCAUGGAGGCCACCCGCACCGCACUGGACGGCAAGGCGGGGCUGGCGGAGGUGUCGGCGGCGCUGGCGCAGAAGGCCGACCUGGCGGAGGUGGACGACAAGCUGCGGGACAAGGUGUCUCGCAAGAUGUUCCAGGAGGGCCUGGCGCGCAAGUCCGACCUGGCGCAGCUGGACCAGACCGAGGCGCGCCUGGGCCAGGAGCUGGCGGACCUGCGCGCGCUGGCGGGGCGCAAGGCAGACGCCACGGCACUGGAGGAGGUGUCAAACCGCACGGAGCGGCUGCGGCAGCGUGUGGAGGCGGACAGCGACACCACGGCGGCGGCGCUGCGGACCAUCUCUGCCACCUUCGACAACACGCUCGCAGACGUGCGUGGGCGGCUGGAAGGCUGCUCCACGCAGCUGGCCUCGCUGCACCGCAACAUGGGCGCCUUCGAGCAGCAGCUGCGGGAGGUGGACGUCGUGUACAGGGAGGCCCUGUCCAAGAAGGCCGAUGCGGUGGAGGUGUACCGCCUGCUGGACCGCAAGGCGGACGCGGCGGCGGUCAGCGAGGCGCUCGGCCACAAGGCAGGCCAGGACACCGUGGACGCACUGCUGGCCAAGGUGGACGGCGCACUGGACCUGGCGGGGCGGGUGGACGCGCUGCAGCGGGACGUGGACACCAAGCUGAACGAGGCCAAGAACCUGUACAGUACCAUGGAGGGUCUGGCCCGAGUGGAGGACGUCAACAAGGCUCUGCUGGAGGUGUGUUCGGAGCUGGAGAACAAGGCGCCGGUCAGCGAGGUGGUGCGGCUGGAGCGGCAGCAGGGAGUCAUCAACUCAGGCUUUGCACAGAACCUGCACAUGGCCAGGUGGCUGUGGAAGAGCACGCGGACCAAGGCCGGCAACGCGGUGCCGUGGGAGGUGCAGGCCGUCAACACGGACACGGACAACUUUGUGUGGGAGGAGGGCAAGGCCACCAUCGUGACGGUGGCGCCAGGGCUGUACGAGGUGUCCUUCGGCUUCUACCCCGCCACCGGCGCCCCGCGCCUGCGCCGCACGCCGCCGCUCAUCCAGCUUCUGGUCAACGGCGAGGUGGCGUUGACCGGCGUGUUCAACCCCACCGCAGUACAACACGGCAGCGGCAGCUCGCCGCUGCCCGGCAACCGCUCGCCGCGCAUGGGCUCCGCCAGCUCCACCGCCGGCGGCUCCUCGGUGGCCAUGUCGCCGGGCAUGGACAACCGGGCCACCAGCACCACCGGCCUGGUGAGCUCGCCGGUGACGGGCAUGACGGCCUGGGACGUGCUGACGCUGCCGGCCAAGGCUAAGAUCGCGGUGACAUACCAGGGCGAGGAGCGCGGCGAGGGCUUCCUGGGGCUGCGCAAGUUGUAAGCGGCGGCGGUUGGCCUAGCUGGGCGGCUGCGGCGGGGAGGGUUGGAGGAGGGUGGGUGCUUGCAGGGGGUAAGGUUCGGGGGCUUGGGGCGGGCAAUGAGGACAAGGCGGUGCUGCGUCUGGAGACAGGAGUGGUGGCAAGGAGGCGCUGGGGAAAGGCGGAAGGUACGGGUGGCGUGGUGAGUGCGGUGAUGCGACAGCAGGGUAGGCAAGGAGAGUGGGCGUUAGUGAGGCGCUGUUAGCUGGGGUGGCCUCAUCAUUGUGUCAACGGUAUACUAGAGUGGUUCAGGCCAUGGAACCGCAAUGUGAACUUGUCUGUGCAGUCCCCUGGAACUCUAGUCACUGGGGAUUACAAUGGCUCAACACCUGUAAGACUAUACACCA